AUGAGAUUAGAGCAUGUCUUCGCGGCAACGAAUCGUCAGCCGGACUCGACUUACUGGGUCCCAGAAAGCGGACUGCUCCUAGCGUCAGCGAGGUCGACUUUGAUCGCUCAUCGGCUUUGCCCGAAUCGGCAAAAUAGAAUUCAGUGUUUUAAUCGACACUCGAGUGAUAUUAACAGAAUUUCUGGCGAUAAGAAUUUCAUCGUCAGUGCGACCGUCGACGGAGAAAUAAUUCUCUGGAAAGUGGAAGAAAACGGUCUCGUUGAAGUAAAAAAGCUGUCGAAAAUUCACUCCGACGCGAUAGGCUCCUUGAGUCUCGUGAAUUUCGACGACGAUAACAACGUGAUUUGCUCGAUUGCGGGAGACUCUUCUUUAAAAUUAACACGAGUCAAUGCGAAAAACGAGGAAGAAGAAAAUAGAACGAAGGAGCAUGUUUUCAAGUCAAUUUAUCCAAUUUGCGUUGCGUCGACAAAAGUCAAGAGAAGAAAUUCAACGACGGAAAUUCUUCUGGCAGUUGCGACUUCCGACUUUUUCGUCCGCUUCUUUUUGAUCGACAAAGAAUUCAAUGGAGAACUGAAGGAAACGAGUAAAAUUCAAAUUGGAGAAGAUUGGAGUACGAGUUUGAGCUUUUCUUCGACGACUUUGGAGGACAGCAUCUUUUUAUCUGUCACGAACAAGGACAACAAAGUAAGAGUGAUCAAGAUUUUCAAGCAAAACGAGCAAGACAAAGUCGAAACCGAAGACAGACUUCAAGUGGACAAGAAAAUUUUGAUCGAAGAAGAGUUUGAAAUUUUAACAGAAACGAUUUUGCGCGGCCACUCGAAUUGGUCGACUUCUUCUUGCUGGAUUUCCAUCGAGGGGGAGCUGCAUUUAGUCACGAGUUCCAUGGACAAGUCGGUCAUUGUCUGGUCUUCAAAUUCUAGCGCCGAAGCAAUCGAAGAAGAAGAGGAAGAACAAAGUUUAGGAACUUGGUCAGACGUGGCUAGAAUCGGCGAUUUUGGCGGAGCGAAUAUGGGAUUUCUUGGUGUCACAGCUGGUCGAUCAGACUCUGGAAAACUUGGAAUUCUAGCGCACUCGUACAAUGGAGCAUUUUAUCUGUGGUGGUGGAAUGAAGAGGAGGCGCAGUGGAAAUCUAGCAUCAGCCCAAGUGGUCAUUUUGGACCAGUAAGAGAUCUUUCGUGGAGCCAAGACAAGACGUUUUUACUUUCAACAAGUUUUGACCAGACAACUCGUCUAUAUUCCCGGAUCAACAAUCAAAACCAAUCUUCGGAACCUUCCGAAAUCUUCUGGGCCGAAUGCGCGAGACCGCAAGUCCACGGACACGAUAUCAGAUGCAUGACGAGCAUUGGAUCAAACCGCUUCGCUUCUGGCGCCGAAGAAAAGGUCAUUCGAGUUUUCAGAUCAACGCGAAAUUUCCGCGAGAAUUUUGAAGCUAUUACCGGCUACAAUGUGGGCGAAACAGAAGAUGAACCAGAAGGAGCAGCUGUGCCGGCGCUUGGAUUAUCCAACAAAGCGGUUUUUGAGAAGCAAGGAAAAGUCAACGCUGACAGGGAAAUUGCCGCGCACGAGUCUUACAUGGAGGAUCAAUUCACCGCUUUGAACCUUGGCGCAGUUCCACUGGAAGCCGAUCUUCUUCAAAACACUCUUUGGUGGGAAGAGCGAAAGUUGUACGGCCAUGGCUCCGAACUACAGUCACUUACCUCUUCUCCUGAUGGAAAGUUUAUUGCCUCGUCUUGUAAAGCUUCGAAAAAGAGCCAAGCAUCGAUUUUCAUUUGGGACGGAUCUCAAAACGGAAAGCCCGGUGCAUUAGCGAAACUGGAGCAGCAUCAGCUAACUGUAAUUCAACUUCGAUUUUCGCCGGACAGUAAGAGGCUGCUCUCAGUUGGACGCGAUCGAGUGGCGAUGGUGUGGAAACUAAAGGACGAAAAUGGAGAAUCCUGGGAGUUGGAAAAGAUUUUCGAUAAAUCAAUGAAGGCCCAUUCGCGUGUGAUUUGGAAUUGCUGCUGGCUCGACAAUCAAACUUUUCUCACUGCCGGGCGGGAUAAGCAGCUCAUUACUUGGAAGAUGGAAAAUGGAGAGUGGCUCAAAGCGUCGUCUUUACAGUCGGAUCAAGCUUUGACUGCAGUCGAUUGUGUGAAAAUGAAAAAUAGUGAAGAGUCAUUAUUGCUGCUGGGGAAGGAAGACGGCGCCCUGGAAUUGUACAAAACUGAGAAUGGAGAUCUUAAAUUAGAAUCGACUGUAUCGAGAGACGAAUGCCAUGUCGGUUUCGUCUCGCAAAUCUGCUUCCGAGACUGUUCAAUGGUCGCCACCUGCGGCGAGGAUCACCAAGUCAAGCUUUUUUCCCUUUCAAAUUGA